CCGCUCGCUGCGGGCGUGACGCCCCGCCCGACGAAGGACGAGAAUGGCGUGGUCUUGGGCGCGCCGCCGCAGCUACGCCCGCAGCCGCUCCACUCGCCAGCCCCCUUGCAGGGGCUCGCCCCGCCGCGCGACGUCAGCGUUGGCGGUGCGCCGUUCGCGCCGCCGCCACGCGACGCGGCGGCAGCGAUUGCGGAGAAGGGCGCGAGGGAGAUGGCCUUGGCACUCGCCCUUGCUUCCCCCGCUGGCGCACCGCCGCCGUUCAGCGGGCCGCCGAAAGCGCCCGCGCCAGCCGCUCCAGUUCCGGGGGGGGUACCGUACGCCAGUGUGCCCGCGGGCCCAACCGUGCCGUUCGUGCCACCGCAGCCCCGGCCGCACGCCGCGGGCGUGCCGCCCAACCCAGCGAAGGACGCGGGUAGCAUGGACGCACGGGCUAUGCCUCCUGCGUCGUGGGAGGGGCCGCGCGGGGCCGUGCAGGACCCGCCGGCCGCGGCCGCGGCAGCGGUGGCUUGGCCGGGCGGGCCGGGGAAGAGCCUCCCUGGGGCCGCGGGCGGGCCGGGGGCGGCGAUGGCCGCAGCGCCCGGUGCCUUCCGGUGUGCUUGCGGUCUAGACCUCGCGGCAUGCGGGGCGUGCGGCCGCGGCUGGGCGCAGGUGCAGGCAGCGACGAAAGCCGAGGAGGAGGAGGAGGACGUGGUGGCGAACCUGGUGUCCGGCCUCCGCAAUGUGGCCGACGCGAUUGACCACGUAGGCAUGUCACCGGCGGCGGCGGUGGAGGAGGUCCUCAAGCUUCACGUGUCGUUCGAGCGGCCUGGGGCGGACCCCAUGGACGUGGCGCGGCGCAUUCAAGCAUUUCAUGGGGCAGCGGGGCCGCAGGUCCCAGUGCAGGUCUUGGUGGAGGCGGAGAACCGGGUGUGGAAGAAGCCCCCAGGCACGAUGUCCUGGUGGGCGGAGAAGGGCGGUGACGCUCGCACGAACGUGCACCGCCUCCGGGUGCCCGCGCGCCCGUCUUACGGCAGGCCCUCGGGGGUGUCGAUCCAGUGCAAUGCAGCCUCGCGUACCGUGGUGGCAGUGGGGGUCAAGCAAAACUUCUUGGACUUCCUCGUCCAGUGGGUGGGGGCCUUCGGCCCGGUGGCGGGCGUGACCGCCGGCCAGCAGAACGCGGCCCCGACGUCAGUCAUGCAAUGCCUGCAGGCCGCCGCGGCACCGGGCGCCGCGUGGUAG